CCCUCGCGAUCACGUGACAGGAACAGGAAGCUGGGGUUAUAAAGCUAAGGAAAACGGAACCUACGCUGGCUUUUCUCCGCUCGUUCCCUCCCUCGUCUCCCUCGGGCGUAAACUCGAGCUCGUCGCGCACCUGCCCAGCCUCGCCGUCGCCAUGGCCCUCAGCGACGCAGACGUGCAGAAGCAGAUUAAGCAUAUGAUGGCUUUUAUUGAACAAGAAGCCAAUGAAAAAGCAGAAGAAAUAGAUGCAAAAGCAGAAGAAGAGUUCAACAUCGAGAAGGGCCGUCUGGUGCAGACCCAGAGACUGAAGAUCAUGGAGUACUACGAGAAGAAGGAGAAGCAGAUCGAGCAGCAGAAGAAGAUUCAGAUGUCCAAUCUGAUGAAUCAAGCAAGACUCAAAGUCCUCAGAGCGAGAGAUGACCUUAUUACAGACCUCCUCAAUGAAGCAAAACAGAGACUCAGCAAGGUGGUCAAGGAUACAACCAGGUACCAGGUGCUGCUGGAUGGACUGGUUCUCCAGGGCAUGUACCAGCUGCUGGAGCCCCGGAUGGUGGUCCGCUGCCGGAAACAGGAUUUCCCGCUGGUCAAGGCUGCCGUGCAGAAAGCCAUCCCCAUGUACAAAAUCGCCACCAAGAAAGAUGCCGACGUCCAGAUUGACCAGGAGGCCUACCUGCCUGAGGAUACCGCCGGUGGAGUUGAGAUCUACAACGGGGACCGCAAGAUCAAGGUCUCCAACACCCUCGAGAGCCGGCUGGACCUCAUCGCUCAGCAGAUGAUGCCGGAGGUGCGCGGAGCCUUGUUCGGUGCCAACGCCAACAGGAAGUUCCUGGACUAGGCCGGCCGAGAGGCGGGCGCGUCUGGUUGCCGGAGAAACAGCCCCGCAUGGCGUCCCCUCUGCUGCUCCGAUUGCCCUUGUGUGUCAGUGGGUGUCCCCUGUCCUGUGCCCUUCGCCAGCUGGUGACAGUGGGGGAGCCUCCCCGUCACUGUGACCAGGAACCUACCUCUCGCUUCUCGGAAGGGAUCCCAGCUCCCCGCUGGUCCCGCAGCCGGCGGUGAAGGCUCGGGUGGUGGUUGCGUGGGCCUCACCGUCUCCCGCUCUCCUCUGCUUCUAGUGCCCUAGCGCCGCGGCCCUGCCCGGCGUCCCUGCUCCCCGGGCCUGACCUGCAGGCGGGGCCCGAGUCCUUCCUGGGGGCCCGGGGGCCCCGUCUGCACGUGUGACGUGAAAUCCAAGCCAGGAGGCUCUAUUUAUUAAACAAAAGGUUUAUGUGA